UUAGGGAAUUGUCCCCAAUUCGGGGAAAUACCGAAACAAUUGUCGAUAGUCACGCAUUUUUUCUUAGUUCUGAAGUUUCAUAAACAUUUAGCCAGAAAUAUUACAUCAACAAAGCUUUGCAGCUACCGCGUCAGAUAUGUCAUCGAGAGAGGAAAGUCCAAAUUGGGAAGAGCGUCUUCGAGAGUACAAAUUCGGAGAUAUCUUAUGCUCGAAUAAUAGAGAUGAUGCUGAGUCUCUUCAACGAGUUUUUAGAGAUGCAUAUCGUGGCGAAUUGGAUGGAUUCAAAUCCCGUAUAGCGGUGUUUGGAAUGACUGGGUCUGGCAAAUCUGCCCUAAUAAAUACUAUACACAAAAUAUUGAAUGGAGGCGAGCAAGGCCCGGCGGUGGUUCAAUCCGCCGGUGGUGAAGGCACUCUAUCACUGGAGUAUUUUUUCCUGCCACAUCCAGGAUUCAACAUGGUGGAUACGCGAGGGUUUUUUGACCUGGAUUCAAAGAUUGAAAGUGCGGAGUUUUUUCGGAUCCUUUAUGGCGGAGUUAGAGACGGUGAAGUGAUUGAUCGUGAAGAACUGGGCGCUAGAAAAGCUGCUUCGGUUGGGACAGCAGCUCACAAAAUGAACAAACCGCCCCUCUCACGCCAGGUGCACACGGUAUUAUGGGUAAUCAAGGCGGAUGACAUCAGACUAGCUAAUGACCGUUACAAGGACAAGUUCAAGUUUGUACGAUACCAACUAAGUCAACAAGGUAUCACCAUCAUCACCGUGAUCACUCACCGCGAUCUCAUACAGGACUCCGUUGAAGAACAUAAACAGGUAAUCAGAAAUGCACAACAGGUUACUGGAAGCCAUGACGUCAACACUUUCCUGAUCUCCAAUUGGCUAGAUGGGCAGCAAUUUUAUGACGUAAUCAUGCAGGACCACGUGCUAACAAUGAUGAGGAGGGCGCUAGAGUGCGCUGAGAAUUCGGUCAAGUUGCGACAGACAAAGCGAAGUUUGGCCGAGCGGCAAGAUGCAGCGAGGAUGGCCGAGUUGCGGAGACGUGGGGCUAAAAUGCCAACUGAAAAUUAUGAUAACAGCGACAUGAACAGCAACUAUUGAAACGAGAAAAUGAUGAUCGCAUAUAUCUCUAUCAUGCAUAAAAGUAAUCAUCAUCAUCACCAUCAUCUUAAUGCAUCUGCAUCAUGAUCAUCACCAUCAUACUCAUCACCACCAUCAGGCAUCAAAAUGACCAUUAUCAUCAUCAUAACGGAUCGUCAUCAUCAUUAUAAUGGAUUAUCAUCAUCACCAACACUACCAUGAGGAUUCAAAAUGAACAUCAUCAUUAUAAUGGAUCAUCGUUAUCAUAAUGGAUCAUCAUCAUCAUAAUGGAUUAUCAUCAUCACCAACACCACCAACACCACCAUCAGGCAUCAAAAUCAUCAUAAAUCUUGAAAAACUCAUCUCUCGUCAGGUUUACAGGUAAUUAUCUUCAUUGCCAGUUAACAGAAGAUACAAACAAGGAACAGAUAGACUGCUCCGAUUUUUUUUUAGAAAACUUAAAAAAACGUUUAGUAUAUUUUAUACUGAUAUCGGAUAUACUGUAAUUAUGUUAGUGGCGAUUGUCCUAUCUUUUUAGCUGAUAAAAAACGCAUGCUCCUGGUGUAUAUUAUAUGCUCAUAGCUCAUACUUUAGAAACCGAACUGCACGAAUAAAUGGUCAGAUAUGUA